AUCAAAGGAGCUUCAGCCCUUUUCGCAUGGCAUAUCUGUGAAGGCGAAGAAGUAACCGUGUUAACGCCUCCACCCCCAUGUAGGUUCCAUCCAUCAGGGUUCACAAGUUACCAGGUUAUUGAAGAACCCAUACUCAAGGGUGCCCAUCCAGACGUGAAAGGGGCGGAGGACUUCAGAUACCAGAUUUGGCCCGUUGACAAGACU